AUGACUGCGAAAGCGAUACCGAUCGCCCUGGUGGUGUUGUGUCUGGCGUUCCCUUCAGCUUCAGACGACUCUCCGUGCGAUCAGGUUGUGGAGAAGGUUCGGAACGGGACAGCGGCCGGCACGAGCGACUUCAGACCACUAGUGGAGCUGAGAGAAGCCCUUAUACUCACCCUAGGGUUCGGCUUGUUCGCAGUUACAGGGUUCGUCGCCUAUAUUUUCAACCUGGUCCGGAAGUACGUUUUCCACGACCAGAACGACCUGGACACGGCUUUCGACGCGGGGGGUCAGGUGUCUGUGGGUCUGACGGCGACAACUAUCGUGUCUCAGUGGACCUGGGCUGCUACGCUACUGCAGUCAUGUACGGUGGCUAGUAAGUUCGGUAUCAGCGGCCCGUUCUGGUACGCUGCCGGCGCCUCCGUGCAGAUCAUCGUCUUCGCUAUCCUGUCCGUGGAGCUUAAGAUGAAGGCACCUGGAGCCAAGACGUACCUGCAGGUGAUCAAGGCCCGCUUCGGUGCCAAGGCGCACAUCGUGUACUGUGUUUUCGCCCUGCUGACCAACGUCCUGGUGACCACCAUGCUGAUGCUGGGCGGGAUUGCCUCCAUGACCAGCCUGGUCAACGGACUGACCACUGAGAUGGCCGCAAUCUGUCUGGCCGCUGUCAUAGGUACUUACACGUUGAUCGGCGGACUCGGUGCCACCUUCUACGUGUCCUACUUCAACACUGCCCUGAUCUUCGGCGUCCUCAUCUCUAUCCUUUGGAAGGUUUACUCUGAUGACGGAUCCACCCAGCAGAACCCUCUAGGUGACGUUGGUACGGUGUACGACCUACUGUCGUGCAGCAGUGGUCCGGCCGGAAACAGCGAGCAGAGUUAUCUCACCUUCUUCUCCACGGGGGGCCUCAUGUUCGGUGUCAUCAACAUCAUCGGGAACUUCGGAGCCGUCUUCUGUGAUCAGUCGUACUGGCAGAGCACUGUGGCAGCAAGACCACUGGAGGGCGUGUGGGGGUUUAUCUCAGGCGGGCUGACGUGGUUCGCCAUCCCCUUCUCCAUGGCCACCACCGUGGGGCUGGCUUACGUGGCGCUCAGCACAGUCAACGGGGAGGCACUGCUGACUAUAGAGGAGGUGGACAAAGGUUUGGUGGCCCCUGUUGUUGUCCAUCGGCUGAUGGGCCACACAGGCCAGGUGAUCGUGCUCCUGAUGAUCCUCAUGGCCGUCAUGUCCACCGGCUCCGCUGAGAUCAUCGCCGUCACCUCCAUCAUCGUGUACGACAUCCUCAAGGACUACGUCUGUAUGUUCAGAAAGAACCUGUCAGACAGCGCCUGUACCUUGUGUGGCAAGAGACGAGCACGGAUCUUCCGUCAGGCCGACAAGUGUCAGUGUGGGCCUGUGUCCAGCUGCAAACAAUGCAAGGAGGAGGCGGCUAAGGCAGAUCAGCUGACCCAGGAGUACUGGCUGUACAGCUGCCCCACCCAUGGAGCCUACCGGAACUACCUGAACCUGCUGCUGAGCAGGAAGAACUGGUACAUCGUGGUGGUGACGGCGGCAACGGUGCCGCUGGUUCUCAUGGCAGACGCGGCAGGACUGAACCUGGGUUGGCUUUAUCUAUUCAUGGGUGUGCUGAUCGGAGCUGCAGUCAUCCCUAUCGGCAUGGCACUGUUCUGGGUGCGCACCACGGCGGCUGGGAUGAUCUCGGGGGCGACCCUGGGGAGCGCGAUGGGCCUGGUCUGCUGGCUGGCGGUGGCGGCAACCCUGCCCGGGGGACUGAUGGGUGGUAACUUCAUAAAAAAUACAGGAGACCAGUUGAGCAUGAUUGUUGGGAACUUGGUGAGUAUUCUAUCGGGCGGCGCGGUGUGCGCCACCGUCAGCCUGGUGGGCAGCUUCCGGGUCCCGAACAUGGAGCUGGAGGAGGAGUGGGAGAAAACGCGCAGUCUGGACAACCCGCUUAAACCAUGGGGACCAACAUAUCAGAGCGCCUACAAGAUGGAGUCCGCGAACAAGCUGAACGACAGACCGACGUUUGCGGAGGUUCGGCGGUACUGCAGGAAGCCUCGCAUCACAGCGCUGGCGGCGGGAACGGGCAUCAGCCUGGUGCUGGUCAUACUCUGGCCCGCGGGCAUGUUAGCGGUCGGCGUCAUGAACGGAGGUCAGUUCCAACACUGGGUGAACGUGUCUCAGUCCUGGGCCUACAUUGCAGCCGCUUUCCUCAUCCUCGUACCACUAAUCCAGGAGAUUGUAUCCGUCCGCCGACAGUACGUCAUCAACAAAUCGGUUGCCUGCAAUGACGAAGAUCAAGAUAUGGAGCAGGCGGACGGCAACCCUGAGGGCAUCAGCUACAUUGAGAAGACUAACCAAAACCCUCAACCAGUCACCAUCGGUAGUGUUGUAGAUACCGACGGUCCAUACCAAGAAAGCGACGGGCAGAAUUCGAAGAACAUCGCACCCGAACCUGGAGACGUUCACCAUCUUGAAGACGUCUUAUAA